GGACAGUGAAUCAGGAAGACUGAAGAAGAAUUGAUGCCUUUGAAUUGUGGUAUUGGCAAAGAAUAUCGAAUAUACCAUGGACUGCCAAAAGAAUGACAAAUCUGUCUUGGAAGAAGUACAACCAGAUGCUCCUUGGAAGCAAGGAUGGGGUAAGACUACGUCUCACAUACUUUGGACAUGCUAUCAGGAGGGAUCAGUCCCUGGAGAAGGACAUCAUACUUGGUAGAGGGUCAGCCAAAAAGAGGAAGACCCUCAAUGAGAUGGAUUGUCACAGCGACUGUAACAAUGGGCUCGAGCAUAACAACAAUCGUGACAGUGGCACAGGGGUGGACAGUUUUUCGUUCUGUUGUACAUAGGAUUGCUAUGAGUUGGAACCAACUCGAUGGCACCUAGCAACAACAAAGGAGUUGAAAGAUAUAUACACAGAAAAUGUAUGAGUUUAAUUCGCACAUUUAUGAUCAAUUGAUUUUUCACAAGGGUACCAGAUUCAUUCAGUGGAAGAAAGAAUAGACUCUUCAACAAAUGGUGCCAGAACAACUAGAUUUUCACAUGCCAGAAAAUGCAGUUGGUUCCUCAGAAAGUUUAAGAUUGAAAAUCCAUGUGGCCCAGCAACUGCAUUCCUAGGUAUACAUCCAAAGUAUUGAAAACAGGGACUAAAAAGAUACAUGUACACCAGUAUAUUCGUUACAGCAUUAUUCACAAUAGCCAAAAGGUGGAAACAAGUGAAGUGUCUGUCAGCAUAUGCAUGGAUAAACAAAAUGUAUAUGCACAAAUGGCAUAUUAUUCAGACUAAAAAGGAAUGAAGUUCUAAUAACAUGGAACGACAUGAAUGAACCUUGAAAAUAUGCUUAGUGACAUAUGACAUAUACAAAAGAACAAACAUUGUCUGACUCAACCCACAUGAAAUAUCUAGAAUAGGCAAAUUCAUAGAGACAGAAGGUAAAUUAGAAGUUACGAGGGGAUUGGACCAAGGGGGAAAUGGGUAGUUAUUGCCUAAUGAUUACAGAGUUUCUGUUUGAGAAAAACUUUGGAAGUAGUGAUGAAAAGUUUUGGAAGUAGGUAGUGAUUAAAGUUGUACAACAUUUUGGAUGUAAUUAAUGCUACUGCAUUGUACACUUAAAAAUGGUUAAAAUGGCAAAUUAAAAAUAAAGAUGACGAUCUCUAAAAAAACAAAAAUGAUAAGUGCUCAGAUAGCCUUGUAUGAGCUGAAGUUUGAAGGAUGUACAAAAUUAGCCUAUCAGGAAAGAACAUUCUAAGUAGGUCGCCAUAUCAUGGUGUGUGUAUUCAAUACCAGCAGCAAUAUUGAAAUAAUCCUAAUCCCAAAAUGGGGAAUGUUUGUUUUGUGUUUCCUAAUGCUCUCUGAUAGUGACGAACAUGCUAGUUAUGUCUGUACCUGUGUACCAGACAGUUACAACAAAAUGUGGUAAGAGGUAGGAGAACAUGGAAGCAGAGUGUGGGUGCGUUUAAUUAAAACUAUAAAAAAUUGCCAAGGUAAUAUUUUAUAUAUUUUUGAACUGUGUUUUUAUUCUUAAGUCUAGUUUGAUUAUGCUUGGUAAAACAUUCUUUUGGUUAAAUGUAACAUCUAACCUAAAAAGAAAUUCAGUACUUCACAUAAAAUUUGAUUUAUUGCCAACAAAGCACACCAUGCAGAUUUUUGCUCUUGUAUUACUCUCUAUGCAGUAUUUGGGGAUUUUGAGUUUAAGCUAUUCAGACUUAUACAUAUUGGAGAUGUUUUUCAUAAAACAAGUGGAUAAUACUGGCAGUCUACUUUGGAAAAAUCCACUAUCCAUAUCUCUGUGGAGCAUAGUUCUACUCUGGCACGUGGAGUUGCCCAUGAGUAGGAGUUGGUUUGAUGGCAGCUAGUUUCGGUUUUGAAUCAUCACUAUUUGAACUGAGCUAAUAAGCAUUCUGUUCUUAAAUUACCUUUUGAACACCUGGCCAAACAGUUGUAGAAGCUCUUAUAUAACAUAUUGGUAAUAAAUAAGAGAAUCCUGUGCCCCAACUUGAUCACUGCCACCAAUGCCCUACUUUUUUCUUUUUUUAGUCUGUAUAUCUGUGAAGACGAGUUAAUAGUCAAAUGUUCUUUCUCUGCUGUUAAUUCUGUGACCCCUAUGUGUCUGGAGGGAGAUUACCUUGGUUUUGAACUUAGGAAAUAGGAAAGCAUAGAUUGCAAAGGAGAGAAGCCACAAAUCUUACCGUCCUUUAACAGUAUUGACAUUUCGCUUAAAUUAUCUGUUUAGUGAACUCCAGCCAAUGUCAUAUCAUCUCCUCAAUCUGAUUUUCCAUGCUGUGGUUAGUGUGAUAUUUCUUAAAGUCUGCAAACUUUUUCUGGACAACAAGAGUAGUGUGAUUGCUUCUUUACUUUUUGCAGUACAUCCAGUACACACAGAAGCAGUAACAGGUGUUGUAGGAAGAGCAGAACUUUUGUCAUCUAUCUUUUUUCUAGCUGCAUUUUUGUCAUAUACCAAAUCUAAAGGACCAGAUAAUUCCAUAGUGUGGCCUCCAAUUGCUUUGACAGUAUUUUUGGUGGCUGUUGCAACAUUGUGUAAAGAACAAGGAAUAACAGUUGUGGGAAUUUGCUGUGUGUAUGAAGUGUUUAUUGCCCAGGGGUAUACUUUGCCAUUAUUAUGUUCUACUGCGGGACACUUUCUCCGUGGAAAGAGUAGUAUUCCAUUUUCUAUGCUGCAAACACUAAUAAAACUUAUUGUCCUGAUGUUUAGUACACUAUUACUUGUUGUGGUCAGAGUCCAGAUUAUUCAGUCCCAGCUUCCAGUAUUCACUAGAUUUGAUAACCCAGCUGCUGUAAGCCCAACUCCUUCAAGGCAACUAACUUUUAACUACCUUCUUCCUGUGAAUGCUUGGCUUCUUUUAAAUCCUUCAGAGCUCUGCUGUGAUUGGACAAUGGGAACAAUACCACUUAUAGAGUCAUUUCUGGAUAUUCGAAAUCUUGCCACGUUUACUUUCUUUUGUUUUUUGGGAGCUUUGGGAGUAUUCAGUCUGCGAUACCCUGGUGAUUCUUCUAAGGCUGUUUUAAUGGCACUUUGUUUAAUGGUGCUACCAUUUAUUCCUGCAUCAAACCUUUUUUUUCCUGUUGGAUUUGUUGUUGCUGAGCGAGUAUUAUAUGUUCCUAGCAUGGGGUUCUGUAUUUUGGUAGCCCAUGGAUGGCAGAAAAUAUCAAACAAAAGUGUAUUAAAAAAGCUAUCCUGGGUUUGUCUGUCUAUGGUGAUAUUCACUCAUGCCUUAAAAACACUCCACAGAAAUUGGGAUUGGGAGUCUGAAUAUACUUUGUUUAUGUCAGCUUUGAAGGUAAAUAAAAACAAUGCCAAAUUGUGGAAUAAUGUGGGUCAUGCCUUGGAAAAUGAAAAGAACUUUGAGCGAGCUUUAAAAUACUUCUUACAGGCUACACAUGUUCAGCCAGAUGAUAUUGGUGCCCACAUGAAUGUAGGAAGAACUUAUAAAAAUUUAAAUAGAACCAAAGAAGCUGAAGAGUCUUACAUGAUGGCUAAAUCACUGAUGCCUCAAAUUAUUCCUGGUAAAAAAUAUGCAGCCAGAAUUGCCCCUAACCACCUAAAUGUUUAUAUCAAUCUGGCCAACCUGAUCCGGGCAAAUGAGUCCCGGCUGGAAGAAGCAGAUCAGCUGUACCGACAAGCAAUAAGCAUGAGGCCCGACUUCAAGCAAGCUUACAUUAGCAGAGGAGAAUUGCUUUUAAAAAUGAAUAAACCUCUCAAAGCAAAGGAAGCAUAUCUUAAAGCUCUAGAGCUGGACAGAAAUAAUGCAGAUCUUUGGUACAACUUGGCCAUUGUUCACAUUGAACUUAAAGACCCAAAUGAAGCUCUAAAAAAUUUUAAUCAUGCUUUAGGACUAAAUCCAAAGCAUAAGCUAGCACUUUUUAAUUCUGCUAUAUUAAUGCAAGAAUCAGGUGAGGUUAAACUCAGACCUGAAGCUAGAAAACGACUUCUAAGCUAUAUAAAUGAAGAACCACAAGAUGCUAAUGGUUAUUUCAAUUUGGGAAUGCUUGCCAUGGAUGACAAAAAGGACGCUGAAGCAGAGAUUUGGAUGAAGAAAGCCAUAAAAUUACAAGCCGAUUUCAGAAGUGCUUUGUUUAAUCUGGCUCUCCUGUAUUCUCAGACUGCAAAGGAAUUAAUGGCUUUGCCAAUAUUGGAAGAGUUACUCAAAUACUACCCGGAUCAUAUCAAGGGUCUCAUUUUAAAGGGUGACAUUCUGAUGAAUCAGAAGAAAGAUAUACUUGGAGCCAAAAAAUGUUUUGAGAAAAUUUUGGAGAUGGAUCCAAGCAAUGUGCAGGGAAAGCACAAUCUUUGUGUUGUUUAUUUUGAAGAGAAGGACUUACUGAAAGCUGAAAGAUGCCUGGUGGAAACGUUGGCAUUAGCACCACAUGAAGAAUAUAUUCAGCGCCAUUUGAAUAUAGUCAGAGAUAAGAUUUCCUCAUCUAGUUUUGUAGAACAGCCAACAUUCCCAGCUGGUGAGACUUCAGGUAUAGAAGAAGGAGACAAAAUCCCAACUGAAAAUAUGAAAGACGUCAGAAGUGAGCCCAAACCCACACAGACCAUAAAAGCAAGCAAUGAUAGAAGUCACUCGAGAUCCAACAAACAACUAGGAAAAAAUACAGACAAAGAGACCCCCCACAAAACAACAAAAGAAAUCAAAGACAUUGAGAAGAAAAGAGUUGCUGCUUUAAAAAGACUAGAAGAGAUUGAACGUAUUUUAAAUGGUGAAUAGUAUUACUGUUUAUCAUGUUACAAUGAUAUCAAAGAACUUCAGUCUGUAUCAUGUGAUCGUACUGGAGCUUUGAAAAAUAGCAAGAGUACAUAGCAAUCAUGAGUUUUCUCUACAUAGGAUCAAAAUAAGAUUUUCAUUGAAGACCUAUCUUAACCUACAAGAUGUAUUAUAUAACAGUGAUUUUUUUGUGUUUUGGUGAAUAUAACAGAUAUAUUGCAGGUGAUAAAUUUGCAUCCUUUGUUGCAGAAGGAAUGUCCUUCUGGCAGAAUGAUCUAUACUACUCUCAAAAAUAAUUUGAGGCCUGAAUGAUAAUCCCUUGGGGACGGAUUCAACAUAUGGCUCGUUAAUUAUGUGUAAUUCUCAGUUACUGACCUAUUUCAUUUUUCCUCCACCUGUUGGAAUCUGUCUGUGGAUUAAGAACACUUAUUGAGUACAUUCUUUUUUCUUCAGUAAUCCUUAUGUGUAACCAAGGGACUUGCACUGCAAAAGAAUACUGGCUUCUUUUAUGUUAUACUUUAUUAUUUUGUUAAUUUUUUAAAGGAAUGCCAGGUGAAACAUUUGAAAUAAGUCAUAUGACAUGUUAGCCAAGAAUAUAUUUUCGUAAUUGUAUACUUGCCUUUAAGUUCAUCUAAAAUGCAAUUUUUAAGCAGGUAAAGGUUUACAGACACACACACACAUACACACUCCUGGUGCUCAUGUAUAUUGUUUUAUAUAUAUAUAUAUAUAUAUGAAGAGUUUUACAUGAAUCACGCAAUCAUGAUUAAUUCUUUGAUUUUUGCUCCCCAAACUAUUCAUGUUUCUUGAGGUCGUAGUCAUUGAGAAGUCUAACUACAGCUGUAUUUAAACUUUUGAGUUAUAACAUAGUAGAUUUCUCUUUUAUCUUAGGGUUAUCUGUCUGGUCUUAUUUGGAAUUUUAAUUUUUUUUUUCUCAAAUCACACCACUUUAGUCACUCUUUUGAUGUCCUUUUAGAUUCCUUAAGCAACCAAAUUAAAUUCUGUUUAACUGAAGAAAGAACAAUGACAACUUGAAGCACUAAGUUCUCUUGUAUCUUGCUGUGGUGUAUAUUUUUAUUAAAUAAUUAUUUUGACUACUGAGCUUUCAUAAAAAUUCUAAAGCUGUUCUAAUUCCAUCAAGUAUAGAAAAAACUUGCUGUUUUAUUUUCAUAUAUAUGCAAAUACUACUUCACCAAAACUGCAUCAUUUUUGGCCUACUGUCCAGCUAUAAAAGAUAGUCUAGUAGAGGUUUAGGAAAUUUGUCAGAUGGUUUUUGAAAAUUUAAACUGAUAAAAUAUGUUAGGUUGAAGAGUUGAUACAAAUCAAAUUUAUUAAUUUAAAUUUGAUUUUAUUCUUUAGUUAAAAUACAUUUCGUAUUAGUUUCAUAGUACCUAAUAGUUUUAAUUUAAAACGUUAAAGCUCAAGCUAUCCUGGGAUAGUAACUAUCCCUAAUUAUGUAGUAUUUCACAAACUAUAUUCCUAUAAGACAAUUACUUCCUAAUUAUGUGUGUUUCAAAAACCAUACUCCUGUAACAUUUUUUUAGGAAAUGUUAUAAAUAGAUCAUGAGAAACAUGGAUUGCAUUAAAGACCUGCUCCUACUAGGUUCCCUGAGGAUCUGUUAGAGAUUUCUUUUAGAGAGUUUAAAGCAAGUACUGACUCCAGUGGGAGUUCAUUUUUGAUCAAGGAGAUUCUCUUAAGCAUCAAAGCAAUACUUAAUUUCAGUUCCUAAAUUAUGGCUUGUGACUCCAGAAAUAAGGUGGAGAAUACCUCAUAUAUCAUUACUUGAAAAAUGAAAUCUAUGUUGUUCUUAUGUUCUCUUCACAUAUCUUGAGGAAAAGUUUGAGUGUGUACUUCUGUUAUACUAUUGAAUGACAUGGUUCAGAAUAGUAGAAGGGAAUAUGAAUGAAUAUGAAUAUGAAGAAUGAAUAUGAAGACAUUUUCAUGACAACAGAUCAUAAUAAAACUGAGUAAUAUUUUAAUAAAAUUAUAAUUUUGCAAAUUAUAAAUGGUAUAUAUUGUUAGCCAAUGAUUUUUAUAGAAAAAAUAAUUUUUCUCCAUAUUACCACUUAAAAUAAGUAGGGGGCCUUUAAUACGGAUACCACUUUGUACAAAUUAAAUCUGAAUUUCUGAUAGAACCAUGCUUCAGUUUUUUCAGAAGUUCUGGAAGUGAUUCUAAUUUGUAGUCAGGGUCGAGGACCACUGCUCUAAAUUAGUUCAAGAAAAUCCUUUUAUUUUUCCUAUAUUAAUGUUUCUAACAAGCAAUAUAACUCAAGGUUUGAUAUUUUAAUUCCAUUAAGGAAUAUUUCUCUAAUACUCAACCAACCAAACCCCAUUGCCUUCCGUUCGAUUCUGGAACAACCCUAUAGGACAGAGUAGAACUGCCCUAUAGGGUUUCCAAGGAGCAAACUGGUAGAUUUGAACUGCUGAUCUUUUGGUAGCAGCCACUUAAGAUCUUAAGUUCCUUCAAGCAAACUUAUGUAAGAUGAUUAUUUCUUCUCUUUAAAAUCAUAAUACCCACCCAAAACCCAGUGCCAUCGAGUCGAUUCCAACCCAUAGUGACCCUAUAGGACAGAGUAGAACUGCCCCAUUGAGUUUCCAAGGAGCGCCUGGUGGAUUUGAACUGCUGACCCUCUGGUUAGGAGCCGUAGCACUUAGCCAUUACACCACCAGGGUUUUCAAAAUCAUAAUAGAAAUUUUAUUUAAACUGCUCAGGUGAGAAAAAGUAAUGGACUUUUUUUUCCUCUGGAGCUGCCUGUUUUGUUGGGGAGUGGGGGAACAAACCCAUUGCCAUUGAGUCGAUUGCAACUCAUAGAGACCCCAUCAGACAGAGUAAGGUGGGGACAAUUAAGCCCAGUUUGCUAACCUAUGGUUUAGAGAUGUGAGCAUCUAACUCAUAGAGGUGGUGAGGGGUCUUUUACAUACAGGUCUGUGUGCUGGUGAGGGGAUGGAGUUUUAAUUUUACAAAAGAAUAUACUACCCAGGAGUUCUGGGCAGUCUUUUUCAAUCCCCAAGGGUCAAUUUUGUUACUACUUCACUGCAUUUCAGAAGGAAGAAUUAAGUUUCUCAUAUUACUCCUAUAUAUGCUUCCUUAUUAACCGUUGGAAUCCAGUGAGUAGUUUUCUGAAGUUGAUGGUUUGGAGGACAAACUAAUAUGUAAUUUUAUUUUGCAAUUUUGUGUUUACUUUUAUGUAAAUUUUUGGUAUGUGAAUUGCACAAUUCUAAUAAAACCUCACGCCUUUUCAUUACAUCUAGCUUGAGCUCUCAACUUGAUGUUAUAUACUGCUUCUUUAAAGAUGCUUUAAUGAAAAAUACUAAGAGAAGUAUAUAGAUUUAUAUGUCGAUUUAUACUUCAGAAAUCCAUAUAUUGUCAUAUUUAUUUUUUUAAAAACCUCCUAAUGGUCUGCAUGACUAAAUGGUAUUUAAAAUGAAAAAAGAACCUCCCAACAUAUCUGGUACCUGAGUCCAGAGUUUAUCUGUUGAAGUCUGUCACCCAUCCAUAUUAAGGAUCCAUACGAAAAUAAAAUUGUAUGCAUUUUAUAUCACUGUGUGUACCAUAUUUCUAAAUAUUCACUAUUAAACUGAUAACUUUGAAAACCUUAACCUGAAUUGCUUUUUAGUAUUAUAAUGAAAAACACAAUAGUGUAUAGAUAUUUUGCCCCCACAAACAAGAGCCAGCAUGUUUAUUAGCAAUCAUCUGAGAAAGGCAUGCAUUAAAUUAGUGCAUAACAGUGACACAUUUUUAACCCUGAGUGACAGAAAGCAAUUGAAGAAAAUGAGAGUUAAACUUGGAGUUUUACACACACACAGUUGGAAGUCAGUGUAGUGAAAUAAUCAGGAGUUUGAGUUCUGAAUCCACCUGGAUUCAAAUUCUGGUACCACCCUUACUAGAUGUAUAACUUAGGGAAGUAUUUUUAAUGUAUAUUUUUGCUUCCUCAUCUCUAAAUGGGGAAAACAUUUU